AUGUCAACAAAUGCUUGGAAAGGGUUUAAAAAAGCUACUAGUGAAAUAAAAGAAAGUAUCUUAAUGAAUGAUGAAAAGAGAAAGAAUAUUCAACAAAUUGAUGGAUAUUGGCAAAAACAACAAAAAUUCUUUCAAUCAACAAAUAAAAUUUUAAAUAAAUUUGUUGAAUUAAUUGAUGGAGAAGUGAAGUAUUUAAAAGAACAUUGGGAAUGUAGUAGAAUGAAUCAACAAGAAACAAAUAUUAUUGGAGAGUCUUUAACUUUAAUGCUGAAUAUUUUUCUUACUACAAGCAAAAAUCUUAAGUGUAUUGAAGAGAUUACUUUUAAACCAAUAUUUAAACAAAUAAAUGAUGUUAAAAAUCAUCUUACUGAUGAAAAUGAAGAAAUAAUCAUUCAAAAAUAUUACCAACUUGAAAAAAUGAUAUCAUGGAAUACUCCAUUAACUUAUAAUAAUUAUAUUCAUCAAUUUGUAAUGAUGUUUGAUGCAGGAAGUGUUUAUUUUAAUGAGAAUGAAGCAAUGAACUUAUUAAUUUCAAAUGCACAAGAAUUAAAACAACAAUAUGUAAUUCAAAAUAGUCAACCAUCUGCAUUGUAUUGUAAUAAAACAAUUGAAUCAAUUCUUGUGACUGAACAAAGAACACCAAAUCAAUUACCAAUCGCAGUAGAAUCAAUUUAUAAUUAUCUUUAUGAUAAAGGAUUUACUGUUCCUGGAAUAUUUAGAGAAAUAACAACAGGUAAUAAACAACAAAUUGAUGAAUUGUAUCUUAGAAUGGCAAUAACUUCAUUUGAAGACCUUCAACCAGAUUUAGUUGCUGCAGUUUUUAAAAAGUUUUUGAGAGAUUUACCAAUACAUGUUAUUAAUAAACAACAAACAAACAAUCUUAUUAAUAAUUAUACUUCAAACGGUAUUCAUGGAAUUAAAUCAAUAAUAACUUCAUUACCACUUGAACAUCUUACUUUGUUUAAGUAUAUUAUGAAAUUGUCUUAUAAAAUAUCUGCUUAUGAAGAUAUUAAUUUAAUGAAUUCAAAGAACAUUGCUGUUUGUUUAGCACCUUCAAUUCUUACUUUUGAUGAUACUGAUACUUUUCUUUUACCAAAAGGAAUCACUGUACUUUCAGAAAUUAUUACCCACUUUAAUGAAAUAUUUCCAAAUGAUGUUGACAAUUUAGUUUAUAGAAAGUCUCGAGUAUUAAAAAGAACAACAAAAAUUAUGAGAUCUACUGAUACUGAUGUUCUUGGAAUGUUACAAAAGAAAACUAAUAGAAAUAGACUACCCCAAAAAACAAAACCACUUCCUCAACCAAACCAAACUCACCAAUCUAAAUCCUUACCUCAACCACCAUCAACUUCUCUUAAACAAGAGACUCAAGGAAUCAAGAGUAUUGAACCAAAACAAAAUAGUACAACAACUGACUCAAGUAAACAAAAAACCGUUAUGACACAACAACCUGUCAACGCUCAUAACAGAAUAUACAAGUACCAACAAAACUUUCAUUAA